AUGAAAUUCCCGGGCUCCGUCCUCGUCUCCCUCGUCCUCUUCGUGGCCGAGACGGCGGCCGCGCUGUGCCUGAGCGGGGCGUACCGCGCGGCGGGGGACCGCAUGUGGCAGUGGCUGACGCUGCUCUUCGCCCUCCUGCCCUGCGCGCUGGUGCAGCUCAGCCUGGUCUUCAUCCACCGCGACGUGAGCCGCGACCGCCCGCUGGUGCUGCUGCUGCACCUCCUGCAGCUGGGGCCCCUCGUCAGGUGUGUGGAAGUCUUUUACAUUUACUUCCGUGCUGGCAGAGUUGAAGAGCCCUAUGUCAGCAUCACGAAGAAGAGGCAGAUGCCCAAGGAUGGGUACUCGGAAGAAAUUGAGAAGGAAGUGGGCCAGGCUGAAGGCAAGCUGUGUACGCACCGGUCUGCAUUCAGCAGGGCAUCUGUGAUCCAGGCAUUCCUCGGCUCAGCGCCCCAGCUCACGCUCCAGCUCUACAUCUGUGUCCUGCAGCAGGAGAUCACGGCUGCCAGAAGUAUUUUUAUGGUCCUUUCUCUCCUGUCAAUUGUAUACGGCGCCUUACGUUGCAACAUCCUGGCUAUUAAGAUUAAGUAUGAUGAUUAUGAUGUCAGCGUGAAACCAGCCGCCUACCUCUGCAUAUUCAUGUGGAGAAGCUUUGAGAUUGCUACACGGGUUACAGUGUUGGUCCUUUUCAGUUCAGUUCUUCAAAUCUGGACUCUCCCCGUUGUGCUAGUAAAUUUCUUUGGUUUUUUCUUCUACCCAUGGAUUCUCUUCUGGCAAAGCAAGUCCCCGUUCCCUGAGAACAUAGAGAAGGCAUUGAGCAGGGUCGGCACUACCAUCGUCUUGUGCCUUCUCACCUUCCUGUAUGCUGGCAUUAACAUGUUCUGCUGGUCAGCAGUGCAGGUUAAGCUCAAUGAUCCUGACUUAAUUAACAAAUCCCAAAAUUGGUACCGACUGACUGUGUAUUACAUGCUGCGAUUCAUUGAGAAUGCAUUCCUCCUGCUGAUGUGGUACAUCUAUAAAACCGAUAUCUACCUGUAUGUCUGCGCCCCGUUGUUGGUCUUGCAGCUCCUGAUAGGUUACUGCAUGGCUGUCCUCUUCAUGUUGGUGUUCUACCAGUUCUGCCACCCGUGCAAAAAGCUUUUCUCAUCCAGUAUUUCCGAAGGUUUGCUGUCCUGUUUCAAGUUCCUCUGCUUUAUUUGCAAGCCUCCCAAAUCCACCAUACUGACGGACAAGGCAGAGGUGAAAUCUCCUGAAAAUACUGAUGAAGCACGGAGCAGUAGCAAGACAAUAGAUUCUCAAAAGGGGAAUCCUCAUCAAAGUGUUUCUUCCAAUGCCUAGUACAACUGGAAGCAAGUAGGUGCCUUUUGAAGGUGGCAGAUCACCUGCAGGGAACAUUGUGUAUCUUGGACAUUGUCUCUUGUGGAUGGGAUUUCUUUCUUGCAGGUGUAGCACUGCAUGACGACUGACAAGCCUAUCUUUGUGGAGAACUUAGUGUAUGGGUAUGUGUAUCUGUGUGUGUUUGUGUAUGGAGAGCAAUCAUUG